AGUGAAUCCAGAGUCACCUGCUUACACACAGAUGAAUCCCAUCUUCCAAAUGGACCAGGGGCUAAGGUAGUCAUCAUAUUAACCUCCGAAAGUGAGAUUCCCAUAUAUCUUUCCCUCCCCCGUCCACCUCGUCGUCCGCUACUCUCCCACAGAACAGAACAGAGAUCGACAGCAAUCCGCCUGGUCGCGUGUCCAAGCUUCCACGUCUCAGACAUCAAUCUGCUCGAAUUCCACGACCCCUCGACAGAGCCCAACAGUCAAGACGAUAUCUAUAACCACCAUCCUCCGACAGUCCCAAUAUCCUCACACUCGACAAACACAAUGACUUCGCCCUGCAAAGCGAAGACCGCCCUUCUGAGGGGCAUCCGCCCUCUCGUCUCUACCCAACAACAGCUGGCUGCCACCCAGAAGAUCCUCUCGUUGGCAUGCUCCGAAGAAUGCAUCUACUGUGAUAUCUGGAAACUGGCAACCCUGAUCGCCUCUCAUUCUCCGCUCUCAGCUCGCUACAACCUCAGUACGGGCACGCCUACCAGUUCACCUGUCUCCUCGGCUCCGUCCAGCCCGGUGGCUUCCUCACCGAUUGCCCAGUCCUCCACACCAUACAAAUCCAUCAUUUCCGCCUCCAAGCGAAUCGAAGCACAGUUUCAGACUCAACGAUCCCAGCUCAAUUCCAUCCUCAGUAUCUGCACCGUCUCCGGGGUGGAUGCCACCGAAGGUCUGAGGUUGGCCCAUGAUCGGUGUGCUACAGCGGUGGAGGACUUGCUCGACCAGGAAGAGGAUUUGGAGGAGGAGCUACUGCGGGACCUCCAAGAGGAGCAAUACGACCUCUCUUACAGCUACGACACGCAAUACUCAUAUCCGAGCGACUCGGUAGCAUACGGAUACACGUACGAGAGAAGACCCAGUAUGGUGCACGUGACACACUGAACCACGCCCAUGUCUUCUUGUACCACCACUGCCACUUCAGACAACUUUUGGGGGAUUUGAAAAGCGAAUUUGGACAGCGACAAAAGCAAAGCGAGCGAUUUACUUACCGAAGCACAGGGGUGCCUUUUUUUUCCUAUGUUGAAGGGACAGAUCUGAGGAUCUUCAGAAACCAGACUGGAGAGGCCAGGGGUGCCGGGAGCAGCAGCCUGCUUCGGAUGGCCAUGGUCCACACGAUGAUGAAAUUGAUGAUACCCAUGUACAAUAGCUAGCGCACGAUCAAUCAGACGAGAGUUUUUCUCUGCUA